UAAUUGGAAAAUGAAGGAAACAUUACUUAUUUUUGCUUUACUUGUCUGCAUCCACGGAAGAAGCAUAGUAAAAAAAAUAGAUAUGGAAACUUUUGAAGAUAAUCAAGUAGAAGAGCUGUUGAAUAAAGUUAAAAAUGACAUACAAAAUGUCAUCAAUGCAGACAAAUUUAAAAAAGAAUCAGAUAGUGAUAUGGGCAAGGCGGAUUCUGGACCUGGAUGGAUAGAUAAAAAGGAGAACGAAAAAGAUACUGAAGUUAAAAAGGAUUCAAAUGGUGAUGAAAAGGGCAGUGAUGCUGCACCUACUUGGGUAGAAAAAAAGGAGCACGAAGAAGAUACUGAAGCUACUGAUAAAGAAUCUUUACCUGUUAAAAAGGAAUCAGAUGGUGAUGAUGAGGGCAGUGCUGAUGCACCUACUUGGGUAGAAAAAAAGGAGCACAAAGAAGAUACUGAAGCUACUGAUAAAGAAUCUUUACCUGUUAAAAAGGAAUCAGAUGGUGAUGAUGAGGGCAGUGCUGAUGCACCUACUUGGGUAGAAAAAAAGGAGCACGAAGAAGAUACUGAAGCUGCUGAUAAAGAAUCUUUACCUGUUAAAAAGGAAUCAGAUGGUGAUGAUGAGGGCAGUGCUGAUGCACCUACUUGGGUAGAAAAAAAGGAGCACAAAGAAGAUACUGAAGCUACUGAUAAAGAAUCUUUACCUGUUAAAAAGGAAUCAGAUGGUGAUGAUGAGGGCAGUGCUGAUGCACCUACUUGGGUAGAAAAAAAGGAGCACGAAGAAGAUACUGAAGCUGCUGAUAAAGAAUCUUUACCUGUUAAAAAGGAAUCAGAUGGUGAUGAUGAGGGCAGUGCCGAUGCACCUACUUGGGUAGAAAAAAAGGAGCACGAAGAAGAUACUGAAGCUGCUGAUAAAGAAUCUUUACCUGUUAAAAAGGAAUCAGAUGGUGAUGAUGAGGGCAGUGCUGAUGCACCUACUUGGGUAGAAAAAAAGGAGCACAAAGAAGAUACUGAAGCUACUGAUAAAGAAUCUUUACCUGUUAAAAAGGAAUCAGAUGGUGAUGAUGAGGGCAGUGCCGAUGCACCUACUUGGGUAGAAAAAAAGGAGCACGAAGAAGAUACUGAAGCUGCUGAUAAAGAAUCUUUACCUGUUAAAAAGGAAUCAGAUGGUGAUGAUGAGGGCAGUGCUGAUGCACCUACUUGGGUAGAAAAAAAGGAGCACAAAGAAGAUACUGAAGCUACUGAUAAAGAAUCUUUACCUGUUAAAAAGGAAUCAGAUGGUGAUGAUGAGGGCAGUGCUGAUGCACCUACUUGGGUAGAAAAAAAGGAGCACGAAGAAGAUACUGAAGCUGCUGAUAAAGAAUCUUUACCUGUUAAAAAGGAAUCAGAUGGUGAUGAUGAGGGCAGUGCUGAUGCACCUACUUGGGUAGAAAAAAAGGAGCACAAAGAAGAUACUGAAGCUACUGAUAAAGAAUCUUUACCUGUUAAAAAGGAAUCAGAUGGUGAUGAUGAGGGCAGUGCUGAUGCACCUACUUGGGUAGAAAAAAAGGAGCACGAAGAAGAUACUGAAGCUGCUGAUAAAGAAUCUUUACCUGUUAAAAAGGAAUCAGAUGGUGAUGAUGAGGGCAGUGCUGAUGCACCUACUUGGGUAGAAAAAAAGGAGCACAAAGAAGAUACUGAAGCUACUGAUAAAGAAUCUUUACCUGUUAAAAAGGAAUCAGAUGGUGAUGAUGAGGGCAGUGCUGAUGCACCUACUUGGGUAGAAAAAAAGGAGCACAAAGAAGAUACUGAAGCUACUGAUAAUGAAUCUCUACCUGUAAAAAAGGAAUCAGAUGGUGAUGAGGAGGGCAGUGCCGAUGCUGCACCUACUUGGGUAGAAAAAAAGGAGCACGAAGAAGAUACUGAAGCUGCUGAGAAAGAAUCUUUACCUGUUAAAAAGGAAUCAGAUGGUGAUAAGAAGGGCAGUGCUGAUGCUGCACCUACUUGGGUAGAAAAAAAGGAGCACGAAGAAGAUACUGAAGCUACUGAUAAAGAAUCUUUACCUGUUAAAAAGGCAUUAGAUGGUGAUAAGGAAAGCGUGGAUUCCAUACCUCCUGGAGCAGUAGCAAAAAAAGAGCAUGGAGAAGAUACUGAUGAAAAAUCUAAUAAAAAAGAAUCAGAUGGCAAUGAGGGCAGUGUUGAUUUACCGCCACCAGUAGCAAAAAAAGAACAUGAAGAAGAUAGUGAAGAUACCCAUGAAGGAUCUAUUUCUGUUCAAAAAAGAAUUGCGGAUGGCUAUCGAUUAAUUGAAGAAAUUGACAAUUAUAUAAAAGAAUUCCGAAAAAAUUAGGAAUAGGAAAUGAUCAAGUUAAGGAAGCUUGCUAACCAAUCGAAGAAUUUAUUGAAUAAUAUUUAUAUUUUUUAGCCAAUCAAAGAUCGGCGAAUAAUAUUUAAAAUGUAUUAAAUUAGUUUGCACUUUGAAAAAUAUUUUUUGUUACUAUUCCCGAUUUCAUGUUUUAUGUAUUCGACGUUUAUUUUAUACAAAAAAUUUCUUGUGUCGUUAAA